AUGCAAGCAACUUUUCAAGGUGAUAAAAUCGAACCUAGGGACACAAAAUUGCCAAAACCUACUCCGGAAGAAGUUGAGAAACGUGAAGCUGAAAGAUUAAGAGAUAUGAAUGAGCAGGGUAAACCAAAACAAGGAGGUUCGGCUGGCAGAGUUCAAACUGGUGCGGAAACUGUUGAAGAUGAAAUGCUUGGUACAUCUGUAAGAAAAGUAGCAAACCCACAGAGAAGCCAAUAA